AUGGACGCGAGAAAAUUCUUAUACUUGUUUAUUGUUUGCAGCGCACAGGACUUCUGUAAAGGCUGCGACUGGAUUCAGCACAGAUUCAAGUGGGCGAGCGGCGAAUCCCUGUCAUUGCUCAGUGAGAUGGGUGGAAAUAUUACCGAUGAUAGGGUACCUGUACCCUUCCCAACAAUUCUCUACAGCAGCAUCAAAAAAGCACAGGUGGAUGACAAAGUCAAAUUCGUGCACGCUUCCAUUGAUCAGAUCAUCAAACUGUUUGAUGGGAAUUUGGAUGCUGUGACAUGGAACAGGCUGAAACUGGAGCAUUUUCUCAUUGUCCUUGACCGCCAGUCUCGCGAACUUAAGAAAUGUGUUUCUUCUGCGAGCAAAUAUGAGAAGAGACUGAAUCAAUACUUCAAGAAGUUAAAAAAGAAUAUCUUAAAGCAGAGGAAGUACGACGCACAUUCAUGGGAACUCAUCAGAAAAGAAGUAUUACGUCAUCUUCAAAGGCUGGACCUCAUUAUGGCUGCAAUGAAGACAUCAGUUAAUUAAUUACUGAAGCACGCUUUGUCUAAGAAAGACUUUGCAUAUGAUGGGAUCAAAAUAUUACAUACAGUAUUUCAAAGUGUAUUGUUUAUCUGUAAAUGUAUUUAUUUAUUUAUUUAUUUAUUUAUUUAUUUGUUUGUUUAUUUGUUUAUUUAUUUAUUUAUUUAU